AUGAUGGCGCCUAUUGAAGCUCCAGAAACUCAUCAGGAGUCCAAAAACGACCUAUUAACGUUGCAAGAAAUAUCCGUCCCACCGAGAGCCGCGCUGGMUGACCUCGGUUCCGGCCCGAACAGCUCCCUUCCAACGAACGGAAAUAGCUCGUCCAAGAAAGCCCAGGAGACUGAGGUGCAGCGCGAAUGGGAUCAGGUAGCUUCGCAUAUUCGAAGUAAUGGAUCGAAGCAUGGGGUUGACGUACAACCGACAGGCAGUGGUGUUACAGCUAGCAGCAAUGGAGAAUCUCAUGAUGAACAGGAACGGACGCGGCAGUCUUCUUCACACGGUCUCGGCAUUCAGCUGGAUGGUUUGAAUGUGAAUCGAGAAGAGGACAAAGUCACUGUCAGUCUUGGCAAUGGCCACAGAUCAUCAUCACCUCAAGAUCGGAAGCAAGACAAAGAAAGGGUCUUGAAAUUGUCACCGACGCAGAUCAAGGAGCUCAUUUCGUCUCCGGAUUCGAUUCCCAUGCAGAAAGUACCGGAGGACCAUGAAAGAGACCAUGAAUCUACACCGAUCCCAAAACCGUUACCAUCAAUCGAUGACAUGGCCAAGGCGAGAAACAGAGCCGAGUUUUUGAGGUCCAUUAGCGGUAGCUUUUACCAGAAAAGAAACUCAAAGCUUUCGAAUCAUCUGGAUGAUCCUCCAAGCUUUCUUAUUUCUAGUGAAGAUACGCCUUUGAGUGCACCUAUCAGUCAGCGACCUCAAGCUGCCCGAAUGAUGACCAGUCCUAUGACUUUUCCGAGACGGAACUCGGUGAGCGACGAGCAGCGACUAAACUCUAAUCCGGCUCUACGUUCCAGACAUAAAGGUGCCCCUACUCAUAUUGAUAUGCCAGAGCGCAAGACGCUGGCAGAGGAUCCGAAUCCCUCUCCCAUGCCACAGUCUAUACCACUACCUCCGUUAUCUAUCCCAGCGUACCUGGAACUAGAGCUAUCCUCGUCACGGCCGUCACCUCUUUACAUUCACCGCUCGGCGAAAAGUCAAUUUCCAUAUGAGUCGUCGCAGGUGAAGCUGGAGCGACUUUUGAAUUUUAUUCUACUUCCACCAGCUUUGGAACAAGUUUUAUGGUUUGGUGCACUAGCCUGCAUUGAUUCAUGGCUGUACUCGUUUACCAUAUUGCCACUUCGUUUCGCCAAAGCCCUUUAUAUACUGGUAUCUUCCUGGAUACUAAAUUUUUAUCGAGAAGCUCAAUUUGUGUGCACGUUCAUCAUCAACGGGGUUGGUCGAGUAUGGCGAAGACGUCUAAGGUCGUCGGAAAAAAUGCUAUCUGAUCCUACGCAUAGUGUCCAACAGAAGGAACACGCUGAGACCAACGGUUCGUCCGCUAAUGGUAAUACAGAUACAAGGUUAAAAUCUCGAAGUAAUGCCAGAAAAAGAAAGACAUCAGCGCAGCCAAAACAUCGGAGGCAAAAAUCAACACCGUCUGCUUUGGAACCAGAUGACAAAGCGGAUCUACUGAAAGGCUUCUUGAUGAUUUGCACUUGUAUCAUCCUGAGUUCCCUUGAUGCCAGUCGAAUGUAUCAUUGGAUUCGAGGACAAAACGCCAUCAAGCUCUACGUCAUUUAUAAUGUGCUUGAGGUCGGUGAUCGUCUGCUUUCAGCCAUUGGACAGGACGUGCUUGAAUGUUUGUUCUCAGAGGAAGCAUUAGACAGAGGCCAAGAUGGCCGUAGCAAAGUUGUGCGCCCAUUCUGGCUCUUCUUACUUGCUCUUACAUAUACAACAACGCAUGCAACGGCUCUUUUCUACCAGGUGAUCACACUCAAUGUCGCUGUUAAUUCCUACUCAAACGCACUAAUCACGCUCCUACUGUCCAACCAAUUCGUUGAGAUCAAGUCGACGGUUUUCAAGAAGUUUGAAAAGGAGAACCUUUUUCAACUGACAUGCGCGGAUGUUGUUGAGAGGUUUCAGCUCUGGUUAAUGCUUACUAUAAUUGCAUCCCGGAAUAUCGUCGAGACAGGAGCGCUUACGUCUUGGUUUACUGUGGGAUCAACCGUGGUAAACCAGGUACGAUCGACAGUCACUAAUAGCACUCCUCUUACGACUUCCCCGCGUUCGUCAACUUCGAUACUUCCUCAAUCUUUUACAUUCUUACCGUCGACAAUCUUCACGUCCCUGACUGGCGGCGCAAAUACACUUUUACCACAUUUCGCUCAGGUCUUAGGACCGUUCUUAAUCGUACUGGGCUCUGAGAUGUUUGUGGACUGGCUCAAGCAUGCAUACAUUGCCAAAUUUAACAACACACGACCAGCUAUAUAUGGAAGAUUCCUUGACGUUCUUACGAAAGAUUACUACACAAAUGCAUUUGUCGACCAGAAUCUAACAAAGCGAAUGGGGCUAGCGGUUAUUCCCAUGGCCUGUCUAUUCUUCCGAGUCUCCGUUCAGACAUAUCAAAUGUUCUUACAGGCGUUACUCCCGAUGCAAGCGUCCUCUACCGAGCAUAGCGCUUCAUUGACAGCGAUGCAUGAACAUUACUCCAACUUACCCCAACCGUCAACACCGCCUAUCCCGUUCACUGUUCAGUCAGUCAUGUCCACUUCUCUCGAUCGCUUAUCAUGGGUGUUUAAUACCAUAGUGGAGAACGCUAUCCCUUCGCCGAUACAGUCCGUCACGUUUUUCACUAUAGUCCUCGUGGUCACGGGUUAUUUGAUCCUGCUCAUCUUGAAGCUUACACUAGGAAUACUUCUGCUAUCAUUCUCUCGCUCGCGUUACAAGGCAAUGAAGGAUCGCGAACAGAAAUUGUACUAUGGGGCUCAGCAUGACCCCAAUGGCAUCUCUUCAUCUGCCUCUCAGGAAGCACCAGAGCAACAUAGGCCGUCUCAUUCUUCCACCACAAACGCAGUCCGGGACUACACUGUCGAGGGAGGCCGUCGAGUCGGUGGUUGGGGUGUUGUCGAGCUAGAUGAAGACAAAAGACGUUGGAUCUAUGCAGACGAUCCUGAUGCUUUGCGGAAGAUCAAGGAAAAAGAGCGUGCUCAAAAGGACAAGCAAUCUGUUAAAGAUAGUGGUACAUUACUGAAUCUUGACGGAGUGAAACGAUAUGAAAUGGUGGCCAAGCGAAUCUGGUAG